GAUAAAUUGACUAAGCUUAUAUGGAUAGGUAAAAUGAAUCGGUUUCAAUAUACUUACACAGUAGAAAAUGAUCUAAGUAGAACACUUCUAGAAAUUCUCUAAAAUGCUUCGACUUUUUUCAAUCCAGAAUUUUCACAUUCUUGAAUUUGAAUUCCUAUCUAUAGUUGCCUACGUCUACUGAUAUAGAUGGUGAUAUUAAGUGUCGCUUAACUGUUAAUAUAUAUUCGGGAUUGAGUAUUUUUUUUCGUUUAAUAUAAUGUUUCUUACACUUAGAAGAAUAUAUAUUGUACAUCCAUUGUUCGAUGAUUUGUUCUUCUGUUUAACGUAAGUGUUACAUAUUUAUUUACUUAAUCGGCUUGUGAGUAACACUAAUCUCAGAAAGGCUAAGAAAGCUUAGCAAUUGACAAUAUAAGUUACAGAACGAAAAAUCACCAAUAGUGAUUAGAUUAGCACCAAAUUUUUCAUUAUCUCAAGAAUGACUGAUAAUUGAUUCAAUGAAAAUUAACUUCAUAUUUCAAGUUUUCACUAUCUUGACAAUAACAAAUAAAAGUUUUUUUCUCUGUGUGAUUUACAAACUAUGAAAAAUGUAAACAUACGUUUGGUUAUUUCCAGGAAACAAAGAAAACAUUGUAAUUCUUUCAGAAGAUUAACUGAGUUAUUGACUAUUUGAUUUAAGCAUAAUCAUAUGUGAAAUGAUGAGAUCUACUGAUUAUAUGAGUUUAUAUAGUUGAAUUUAGUGAAAAUAUACAUAUCUUAACAGUAUUAAAUAGCUAAGGUGUGUUAAUUAUUGUUUAGAGGAAAUUAUUCAUAUGAAUUUCAACUGUUACGUAAUAAAACCCAGGACCUAUUGGUGGAUACCGGCUCAGUGGUCUAGUGGUUAAAUACUCGUGCGCGAAACCAGUAGGUUCUGGGUUCGAAUCUCGCAGGGGGCGAGGUCGUGGAUGCUCACUGCUGAAGAGUCCCACAAUAGGACGAAACGGCCGUCCAGUGAUUCCAGGUUUUCUAUGGUGGUCUAGCUUCAAUUGACGCAUGAUUUCAACCAGUGAAAUUUCUAAAAUCUCCACAAAACCCCUUCUGAUAAUUAUUGAGAUAUGUCCGUAUUAACUUUAGAAUAACUGACAAAAAUAAAUAUUCUAUUAAUUUAAUUAAGUAUAUAAGGUGAUUAGUGAACGGAUAAAUGUUUUAUGUUGAUAUCAGUAUAGAGUGGUUUGUGGAGAUAGUAGAAUUUCCACAGCUUAAAUCAUGAACUGAUUUUAAUUAUGCCACCACUAAAAACCAGGAAGCAUUGAACAAUACAAUAUUGUGAAUUGAUUGAAGUUAGAUACAUACAUUAUCGGUCACUGAAUUAGAAGUCUAGAGGUUAAGCACUCGUAUGCGAGCCUGAGGGUCCUGAUUUUAGAUAUACAUUGAUGAGAUCGUGAUGAUACACUUCUAAGAAAUCCUAUACUACGAAAAAUUAGCUAUCCAGUGCUUUUUGGUCAUCGAUGGUAGUCUAACUAAGAUAAUUGCAUCAUUUAAACCACAGAAAUAGUACAAAUAUAUCAAAGAUAAAAUUCAACUAUAAAAAAUAAGUAAUGAUAUUAUUAGAUGUGGAGACAGUACAAGCGUCUAAUUAUCUCAAUUUUAUUAACAUGAUCAGAUCUUAUUAUCUAAGUUUCUAAUAGUUUUGUAAAAAAACAGUUUAUAAAGCUUGUUAGUACUCAAUAAAAAUAUUAAAACAGAUUGUCACACAAUUUAUUGAAACUGUCUACGUACUGUAGCGUGGCGUCGAGUUGCGGUUGACUAUGAUCACCACUACAGUCAACCGAUAAUCCAACCCGUAAGCCAAAUAUCAGAAGGCAGUUAAUGGCUGUAGACGAGAUGUAUUUGUUGGCGAUCUUGUGGCAUCGAAAGAAUACCGAGAUCGUGCCAAAGUAGUACAAAUGUGGUUACUGAGCGUAACCGAAUUCGUGCAAGGCCACAAUCAACGAAAGGAAGUAUGUCUUUAGUACAGUCAAACGAACAAGUACAGUGAAACAAUCACUGGUACAAUUGGUUAUAAUAAUAAUAACAAUUGUUUCCAUUAAACCAAUCGCGUUCUCUUCAUAAAAGUAGGUCACUACAGUACCAUCGAAGUUAUUAAGGAAAUUCAAUCACGAAAUGAUUCAGUCUGAUAACAUGUUUGUAUUUAACCAGAAAAGAUAUGUUCAUGAUAAAUAGACAUUUUUCUAUCCAUAAAGAUUUAUACAUAAGAAUUUGAAUUGAUUGUUUGUUCCUCUAAAAUUAUUUGUUACAGUACCAUUUGUAAACAUGGUAAAUAAUAUCGAAAACUAAGAUUGAUAUUUCCUAUUAUAAUAUUCAAAACUACAUCAUUGUAUAUUAAUAUUGAGUUAAUAAAAAGACAUCCAUAGACAUUAAAGAAGAAGAAGAAUGUAUUUGUAAAACUUCAGCAAAAGAAUUUGAAGUGAAUCCAACAUUUUGCCUGGCAAUCUGGUCCAAGCAUUUUCAAGGAAAAUAUAAUCAGACAACAAAAUUAUCCGUUGGAUUUAUUUCAAAUUCUUUCGCUGAGAUUUUACAAAUACAUAUUCUUCCUCUUUAAUAUCUCACAUUAACUCGGAGCUCAAAUAUUAUGAAACUAUCCGUUCAAAUUUAGACGAAAGUUCUUAUAUAAAGACAUCCAUAGCUUCAAUUUAUGAGAUGUCUUUCAAUUUAUUAACUUUUGAUAUUGAAUAGCCAAGGCAAAGAUAGUUGGUUAAACACUUUAAUCAAUAUAUUUAUAUAUAUAUAUUUUUCAUUGUUGAACACUUUACAAUCGUCAGAUCAAUAUUUUAAGCUGAGAUCGAAUAUAUAAUGAAUGCACUAUGAUUUAUUUAUGCAUAAAUUCAUAAAUGUUGAUUGGAUAUUUAUAUGACUUGGAUAUUAUCCGACAUAGAAAAAAAAGUGAAUGGGUGAUUGAGAAAUAAAUCUAAAUCAAAUAAACAUAAGAUUAAUAGGUCAAUAAUGCCAUCAGCAUAUAUUGAUAGUUCACGACAUUUGAUAAGUCAACCUUUAUGGAUAAAAGAUCCUAAUUAUUUUGAUUUACAAAGUUCAACUAGAUCUGAUUAUUCAUGGGAUCCAAGAACUUCACGCAAAACUGAACCUGAAGGAAUUCGUGCACGCAGUUUCAAGCCAAAACCCAUGAGCUGAGCAUAAAUGAAGGAAUAUUUCGAAUUGUAGACUUAAUUUCCAUCAUUAACUGGAUUCUUAAAUCUAGUUAUUAGAAAAUGUCAUAGAUUAUAUGUAAAUUCACAUAAUUAUAAAUUGCAAUCGUACAUGAUGCAUGGAAGUAGUGUUAAAGCCGUAUUUAGUGAACUCAGUCUCAGUUUUGUAUUCUCACAUUUCAAUUCAACCUUGUGUACAUAAAGAAAUAAUAAAAUAUCAGCUUUUUGUAUUUUACAAAGUCGUCUUUAGUUUGACACUUAUAUGAGCAAUCAGUAACUGUUUUGUUAGAAACCUUAAUUUUAAUCACAGAAAUGAUCAAAUCUAAUAUCACUGUUUAUUUGUAAUUUUAGUAAUAUGUUGUAUAAUAUUGUCAGAUGAUUAUCUGAAAUGUUAUAAGAUGAUCGUGAGAUUAUUAUCCAGGAAAGAGAACUGACAAUCCAAAGAAUAUAAAUGAUUGAGGGAAACAACUUCUAAGGACUGAGAAAACCACAUAUAUGUUUAUUAAAAUAAUACACUUUUAUUGAAACUAAAAGAAAAAAUAGGAAGAACUGUAAGCUAAAUAUAAUUGUAAGCGCUCGCACGCGAGACUGAUAGGUCCUGGGUUCGAAUCUCGCGAGGCGGGAUCAUGGACGCGCACUGCUAAGGAGUCCUACAAUGGGACAGAACGGCCGUCCCGUUCUUCUAGGUUUUCCAUGGUGGUCUAGCUUCGAUUAACUCAUGAUCUCAGCCAUUGAAAUUACUAGAGUAUACACAUAAUCCCUCCUCAUAUUCAUUGUACUAUCAAUAAGCAAACAUUCCUCAAAAUCCAUAGAUUUAGCACUAAGGGUAUUGUUUAGUUCUCCAUUCACUAUAAACUAUAUAUCUUCGGGAAACAUUGUAGAUAAUUUAGAUUCUCAGGAAAACCGUUAAAACUUGAAAGAUUAAUUUUCACAUUUUUAUCACUAUUCUGCAAACAGAUUUCUUGAUUGAUAGCAAAUUAAUACAAUAUAAUCAAAUGAUAAUUAUUUCCUAGACUGAACUUAUUAACUAAAAAAUGGAUGUCAAUGAACAAUCGGUAAGACUAUAAUUUAUGGAUGACUUUUGAGCGACGCUGAAGUGACCUUGAGAAUGGACACCUACUUAUUAGGACUAAAUGAGGUUUAUAAAGUCGUUAGAAUCCUCAUUUACAGUUGAUGGUUUGGGUUAAAAAUUAGAUUUAGAGUUUUCAUCAUGAACUGAUACCAACUAUAAUGCCAAAACUUUAUUUAGCCAAACGUAUGGAUGAAUUUUACGCCAAAAUUUUAUAUCUGAUUGGCUCGUUCAUAAAUUUUAGUCUCGCCCAAAAAUCUUAAACACAUAUGAUUUAAUUUCAAUGCUUAAUAUCAUGAGUCAAUUGAAGCUAGACCACCAUGGAAAACCUGGAAUCACUGGACGGUCGUUUCGUCCUAUUGUGGGAAACCUCAGCAGUGCGCAUCCACGACCUCGCCCCCUGCGAGAUUCGAACCCAGAACCUACUGGUUUCGCGCACGAGCACUUAGCCACUAGACCACCUAGUGGGCAUCCAACGGUGUUAAUGUCUAACUUCAACUAAUCCACGAAAUUGAGCGACACAUCCACCAUAUGAUUUAAUUUUCCUCAUAUUGCAUUUGGUAAUAAUAAUACAAUUGUCAUUUGAAUUCACAGGAGGCAACAUAAAAUAAAAUUGUAGGAUAUAAUAAAUCAUAAGAAUAAUGAACUGAUUAAGAAUAAGGGCGAAAAUCAUUGUUCAAGGUGUAUCUUACCAUUAUUAUUAUUAUUAUUAUUAUUAUUAUUAUCGAUUUGUCAUUUCUGAUGCUUUUAUAGAUUUAUGGCUUAGCAAUUAUAGAAUUUAACAUCUGAUAAUUUGUUCAUGUAUUUGGUUAAUUGAAAUCAUUCCCUCAUAGUAUGAAUAGUUUGGAUAAUGGUUAGCAAGGUUGUACGUGAUAAGUUAAGAGUUGUAGUGUCAGUUACUAUGUUGAGGCCACAUAACUUAUUCAAGCUUCUAGACAGGCCAUUUUAUCUAUUCUUCUUGAGUUAAGAGCGGUAUUGCCAGUCAACGCGAGAACGUUAGCUGCCAGGUACUGGAGGACAGCUACCAAAUUAACAAGGUCAAAACGUGACUCAAGAAAAAUGGAUAAAUUGGCCUAUUUAGAAUUUAGAAUAAGUUAGAUGGGAUUAACAUAGUAACCGACACUAUAGAGUAGACAGAGUUCUAUAUCAUUUGCUAGAAAAUCCUUUAUUUUCAUAGUUUUGCAAUUUUUAAGUGAUAAAAAGAACAAUUUAAUGUAGACUAACAAUAAUAAGAUACAAUGUAUCACUAUUUUUAGUAAGGUAAUACUUAAUAAUUACAGAAUUCACGCCAGUUUACAGGCAUGAUCAAUUCGAUAUAAAUAGUAACAUUAGAUGUACAGAACAAACAUGUGAUAAAAGAAAGUUUUAAGUAUACUAGUUCAGUAGUUGUUUAAGUAGUACAUGUAUUGCAGUGAUCCAAUGCAUCAGCCGGGAGUUUUUGAUAUUUCUUAAAUGGACAGCCUGUUGAUUUAUUAACGGAGUAAUUAAGGUCAUUUCGUGUACCAGAUUGAAUUAAUGAUAAUUAUCUACAACUAGAGAAAUUAAAACCAAAACACAGAGCACGGAACAACAAAGCAGUAAUUACCAAAAUAUGUCAAUCAGGUCUACCAAAAUGCAUGUGUCAUGUGACCCAGUGAUAUACUGUUGAUGUUAUUCAAAUUAGUUAAACUUGCUGGGGACAGUUUUAACAUAAAGUGACAGCAAGUUAUCCAAUAGCUGUCACUAUCAAACUUUUGAAAUGUAAAAUUUAGUGAUAUCAAAAGUUAAACCUUGAAUUUCAACCAACUGUUUAUUAGGGGAUAAACUCAGUAACAGGCUAACUGGUAUUUAUAAGAAUAAUGUUCAUUCAUUGAUAAAGUGACUAUGGAUUAUGUUUAAGACAAAAUAGUCAAUCUUACAGGGAGAUAAAAGUCAAUAAAAAAUAAGGAGUGGAAUUGAGCCUGUGAUUCACGUAUUACCAGUUGUUUAAUUAAUUGUAAGUUAUUUGUAAAAAUAGAAUCUAAAAAAUGUCAAUAGUUGAAAUAUGAAAGCUAAAUAUUUGCAUGAAAGAUGUUUAUUAGCAUGGAUAUAUUUUUCUAGUUAGCAGUUAUAGAUUAAGAUUCGAUAGUUUUAAGUGGCUGAGUGGAAUCAUCAGGAAAUCAUGGAUCUAGGUUUCGUACUAGUUAGCACUCGUCAGAGAGGCUUAACUACAAUUAAGAAAAUGUUGAUGCUUCUUGUGUGAUUCAAACCCAAAUCAGAUAGCCUAACAUUUUUAAACGUUAACAUUGAGCUACUCAGGCCAUAAUCGUAAAACUAAGAUAUUUACAACUGAUUGGUCAUUGAGUAGUGACCACCCAAUGUAUCCCCACAGUAUUUGGGGGAUCAAGUCACCUAAACUAAUGGCCAUUUAAUCGAUGAAAUUUCGUCGUUACUAUAGGAACUAGACAGAUAUGAGACUGGUCACCAUUCAAUUACAAAUCAGUGAUAUAGGUCCAUGGUGAAUCGUGAUUGUUGAUCAUUGUAUACAGGCAGAUGCUCAUAUUCUGUCAUUUUUGAUAUACCACUCUUAACUUAACAUGUAUUAUUAUCUGUUAACAAUACAAAUAAGGUUUCAGCAUACAAAAGUACAAUUAAUUGGGAUUUAGGUGAGAAAGCAAAAUCUAUCUCGUGUGUACAUACACAAGUCAAUCCAAAUAAAUUUCAGAAUCAUAGUUAUUCGUUGACUAGUUUAUUAGAUCAGCAACCAAGAGAUUGGCUUAUUGAUGAUUAUGAUUCGAAACACAAAGGAUGGCGACGGACAGAUCAGAUAAUAAGAAAUAAAGAAUCAUUUACAAAAAAUUCAUUAUAUCGUGAACAAUUCCCGCCAAAGGAAGCUGUUCAUGUACAACCGGUAAAACCUGUUCAUAUACCAUUAAAAACUUCAGAGAAAUUUACUGAUAAAUCUGUUUAUACUGAUGAAUAUAUAUGGCGACCAAUAAUAAUAGAUUAUAAUCAAUUAAAGCAUCAUAAACUUUGUCUUCCUAUUGAAAUGAUCCCUUCAAAGCCCAGAGAUGAAUCAAAUAUGAUAAAUGUUGGCGAAAAUGUCAUAUCAAUGCCUGGUACCAAUCCAAACUUAUUUAAAAGUACAACUUACAGAGAGGAUUUUCAAAGACAUGCAUUGACUAGCAAAGAACCAGUUAUGUGUAGGAAAAUUGCGCCUGUGAUCAAAUUAUCUAAAAUAUUAAAACCACCAUAUGAAAUUCAAGAAUCAUAUUCUACUAUAAAUUCAAGAUAUCAAUAUGAUUAUGGUAGUUCAAUAAAACAUCGUCAUUUAUCUCAUCAUUUACCUGCAGCUGGUAUGACAACAUUUGAUAAACCUAUGAAAAGUCAAAUACAAACUUAUUCAUUUAAUUUCGAAAAUGAUCCUUUAUCUAUGAAAGAACAAUUUAAUUAUCAAAAGAAUUCCAUUCAAAACUUUCAUUCAAAUGUAAAUUUAUCACAACGAUUAUAUUUACCAGAUAUCAUUGAACAAGUAGAAAAUAAAUGGCCAUAUUUAGAACAUAAAAAUGGAUGUUUCUAUUCAACGAAACCAUUAGAAGGAAGUUUUUAAAAAAUAAAAAAAACUGAUUCUUAUUCUUUAUUUUGUUUCUGUUAUGCCUUGAUAACAAUAAUCAGUGGUAAUUUUUGGGAUCCAUUUGUGGACCAAUAUUAUACGUAUAUAUUACCGUAUAAUUGUUAAUUAGCUAAACUAUUCUUAUCGAUUAAAUGUUAAAUAUUUCUAUGGCAGUCGAUUGACUAAAUCAUCGAUUAAAUGAUUAGAAAUGCUUCCAUGGUAAUAUCGAUUAUAUACGUAUAAUUGAUAUAUAUAUAUAUAUAUAUAUAUAUAUAUAUAUAUAUAUAUAUAUACAUAUACAUAUAUACGUUUGAAUUGUGUUUGUGGAUCGCUGUGUGAUCGCUCGUUUCUGGCUGUUUGCAGAAUGUACUUUACCAUUUCAAGCUUGGACUUCUCCCUUUAGUAGUGGGGCUGAGACACAUCAAAUAGCUGACUUACUGGUCUUUGGUCAUUGAGUCUUUGUUCUCGUUCGCAGAUUAAGUGAACUCGUGAUAGCUUCAAACCAAGCAGUUUCUAUAACAUUUUUUUACAACAUAAAUGUUUAUAAAUAGAGAAAUAAAAAUAAUCGAUGUAUUCAGUUAAAUAUAAAUGUUACUUAGUUACUAUUAUUAUUGUUAUUAUUAUUAAUAUUAUUAUUUUGACGGAUGGUUUGGUCGUGGAGCUUUUAUCGUUCUUCUGAACGACAUCAUCAACACAAACUUCAGAUAGAAGUGAAGCGUUCGAAUUUCUCCAUAUGUGUUUCACAGCUUGUCCUGUACACCUCGAUGUUGAUUGGUCCUUGUUAACUUUAAAUUUGACAUUCUUUACUUCUUUGUUUUGGUUGUGUCUUCCAUUGGUUUGAUUUUUGUUCCUAUGUUUGUGCAUCAUUUUCCUGAUUGAUUGAUAAAUUGGAUCGAUUUCAAUAUGUUUGUUGGUUGCUGAUUGACUUGAGUGCCAGGUUUCUAAAAAUUCUCUGGUAAUUUGGAAUUUCCUUUAUUCAAGAUUCCCACAUUUUUCCAGUCAAAUGAGUGUCCGUAGUUGUCCACGUAUAUUGAUAUAAGCGAGGAAAUAUCAUGG